AUGACGAUUCCGCUGAAGGAGGUGUCCAUCGCUCCAUUGCCGACGAUCGACUAUGACCUACUGUUGGCUCGAGAUCGAUUCGAGAUUGCACGUCUCGUGGACAUUUGCAGAACUCACGGUUUCUUCUAUCUGAAAUUCGCGGGCUCACAGGCCGAACGUCUUCUGUCCAAUUCGGACGAUGUCGUGGAUUUGAUGCGAGACUACUUCCAACAACCUCUGGAGACCAAGCUCAAAGAUGUCAGAGGGACCGUCACGCAUGGACACUUAUGCUAUGAUCACAGCUAUUGCCCGACAGGGAGGUACACCGGCGCGAAAAGAGGCGAAAGAGAUUGCUACGAGACUUUGAAAAUUUCGGAGGCUGAGAUGGACGCUAGAGCGCCGCAACUCCCCAAUGUGGUGCAUCAACAUACCGAGCUCUUCAGCGACUUCAUCUCGGGAUCACACGCAGCAUUGAUCACAGUCCUGAAGUGUCUAUCCAUUGGCAUGAAUCUGGAUGAGACCGAGCGCUUUGAGAACAAACACCGGCCAAAUGAACCCGCAUGUACCACAAUGGUGCUCUUUCGUUACCCAAGACAGGUAGUAGAUGGCGAAGGUAUCGGCCACAAUGUGCACACGGACAUUGGUAGCCUGACCCUGCUUUACUGUCAAGACUGGGGAUUGCAACUGCUGAGUCCAGAGAAUAACGAGUGGGGUUUUGUCGAACCACGUCCUGGGCACACCAUCAUCAAUGUUGGAGAUUCGCUGCGCUUCCUGUCGAAUAACCAACUACGAUCUUGUGUCCAUCGAGUGAUUCCGCUUACGGAGCGGCAAGAAACCGACAGGUACUCAAUUGCCUACUUUCUUCGCGCUGAGGAUCAGUCGGUCUUUGUGGACAGCAAGAAAAGGGAGCUUUCGGCACGUUCGUGGCACGAUGAGAAGUACGAAGUUUUCAGACAGCCUCACGAGGUGCAGGAGAUUGAUAUGGUGUUGACGGGUGGAAUGGAGAAGCAGGGCCGCUUGUGCUAA